AACCAAUGCCAGAAAUAACUGUACACAUCAGAUUUCAAGGGAUCAGGUGGUAUUUUCCCCAUGUAACAACCGGUGCCAGUGGUUGAAAUUUGUAUGCGACAUAACUUCGAAGCCGAAACCACUGGUUGGUGUUUUUUGGUGAUCCUUUAAACUCUGGACGGAUUACCUGAAAAUCGUUAAAGAACACAGCCACUUCCUCUCCAGAGCCUCAAAUGUUGGCCAAUCAGUAUGCCAACAUGCCUGCUGCACUUUUGACGUCUCUGAAGAGGGACAAGAAGCCAUUCACUUACACGCCAGGGGGAGUGAAUCUGUCUGAAGUGUUGAAUGCCCGCCUCCAGAAAAGGAUGGAAAGGAAAAAGAAAUACGUCGAAGACCGCAUGAACGAAGACAAAAAUCCAAUCGAAAGGCUGCCGAAAUUCGAACCACCACCCAAGCAAGUCAUAGUCAUGCCCACCUAUAAUUCACCUCUCGAUAUGUACUCGAUGGAAAACGCACUUGAGGCACUGGAAUGUCAAGCGGAGCUCGUCGCUGCAGAUCAAAGUCUUAGCGCACGUUCAGCCACUCUUCCAAGAAACCACAAGUUUAAUGAAGAUGACAGGGUGUCCCAAUCGAAAGCCUUCAAGGUGCUUCAGAUAAUUACCGACACAGAAGAGGAUGCUUCCGGAAAAGGUAAUCUUUUUAUUACCUUUUUUUAAAAAAGAGACUUGUUU